AUACCCAAUGAAUCUACAAAAAUAAUUUUAAUCUUUAAUUAAUGAAAUAAAUAUUAUCAGCGUUUCUCUAAAUUAGACAACUUUUUUUUACCAAGCAAUAAUAAAAAAUGUUUAUAAUUUUUAUUAAAAAAUUACAACAGUCGGUAACAACAGUGAGCCAACUCCGCAAGAAAACUUAUUUACUGUCUCGGGUAUAUCACAAUAAUUUAUUCAACAGUGAUAGAAUUUGGUUAUGUUAAAUAUAAUAAGUAAAGUUGAUUUCAACUACUAAAACUUUUAUUUUUAAUAAUCUUUAAUAAAGUUCACAUGGAGCUUUUUGAUCAAUUAUAAAAUUUUACAUUGAUAUUAAAAUCCUUAUUAUACAUUCGUAUUUUUAACUAAAAUAUUAUGGUAUUAUGAUGCGUAAUUACGUCCAACUUGUACUUUUAUGUGUGGUUUCGGAAGCUGUCACGAAUUUACAAGAUGAAGAAGUAAAUGGAACGAUAGUCACUUUACCAAUGGAUUCAAGAGCCAAGAUAGAGAUACAACCACAAUUUACGAUAGGAAUGGGGCACAAAUUCAUUUUAAAACGAGACAAUGAGUCGCUAAAUUUAACUUGUACUGUGGUGAAACCUGAUGGAGAAAAAAAUGAUUUGUUAUAUGAUUAUAUUGUUGAUUGGAAAACGCCAUUUCAUGAAAAUCAUACUCUCAAAGUUGAAAGAGGACAAAGACAAAAUAUAGCUUGGCUUUGGUUCGAAAAAUUAUCUGAAAAACAUGAUGGCAGUUACACGUGCAUAGCUAUUACUUUCAAACAUUUUGGUCAACCACAUCUUUCUGUUAAUAUUCAUCUGUCUGUUAAAAAAAAACCAACGUUCUGCGGGUCACAAUGGUUUAGAUGUUACUCUAAUAAUUGUAUUAUGGAGAGAUACCUUUGUGAUGGUAAAGCCGACUGUGAAGAAGGAGAAGAUGAGAGCCAAGCGGCUGGAUGUGGACUUGAUCCUUGUUAUGGUAAAAUACUUUGUGAAGGUCGCUGUGUACCACCGGAAUGGUGUUGUAAUCGCCGUAGCUGUAGUACAAAUUUCGGAUUACGGGCAUGGCCAACAGAAUCUCAUGAAAUAAGUUACAUACAAACAGCAUUUUACGUUGUGAUUGGCUGCGCAAUGGCGUUCAUGUUCAUAGUUACAAUAUUAGCAAUAGCUGUUUGUCGUGUACAAUUCAAACGUGCAAUGAUCACAACACGACACAGUCAACAAAAUCGUGAUAUGUAUCAUCAAACAAGAUGUUCUUUAUCAGAAAAUAUACGAUAUUCUGAUAUUAAUGCUACAAAUAUGACGACAGAUGAUCUUCAACGAGAGCGAAAUAUUAUGCGUAAUAUAAAUGGCGAAAGAUUAUUCGUGGAUCGACCCAUGGGACCUCCGUCAUAUUCAGAAGUAAUAGCUUUGCCACCACAAGAAGAGCCUCCACCACUUUAUGUAUCAUGCGAGAAUCUUAACGAAAAUUUAGCUUCAAGAGCAUAUAAUCUUCGUAAUAUUUGUCAAUUGACCACUCUUCCAGCAAUCAUCAAUAAUCGCAAUUCAUACCGUAGUGACACAACAGAUGCGCCUAGUUCAGGACAAGUUCCGCUAUGCAUGCCAGUAUCUUUAUCAUCAACAGGUACACAGAGUCAUAAUGAUUUAAAUGAUGAUAUUGCUGAAAAAAUUAAAGAUCUUGAGCCAGAGUAUGCAGACACAGAUGCACUUUUAACGGAAAACAAUGAAAUGUCGAAUUCCAAAGAAACAGUAUGGAAUGCUUCUAAUCGACACGAGAAAUUCAAAACUAAAUGGCUUGUAAAAAAUUUUAGUGAUGCGAUGAGUGAUAACGUUUGGUUAAAUCACGAAACUAAUCAAACUAAUCAGCGUUCUUCAUUGGAAGUCAAGAGCUUUUCUUUAGGAGAUUUUAGAAAUGAGGGAUUGAUUUCGAAAUCUGAUCAACAAAAAUUGCAUUCUAAUUCUUUGAUUACUUCUUCCCAAAAGCUUGAUGCUUGUUCGUUACUUUCACCUGAUUCAAGUUGUCAAAUAGCGGGUCCAAGUUCUUUACAAAUUGAAAAUGAUGUAAAUCUUGAUUGUCCUGUAAUUGUUGUUAAUGAUUCGAAUAAUAAUAAAACAACAACUGAAUAAUUAAGUUUGAAAUAGACAAA